AUGUCAGGAGAAGAUCCACCUGUCUACUCACCACCGUCCUAUGCAUCGACAAUCUAUACUCCUCUGGCGCAGUCCGACGUCGUUCGGGUCUUGAUCCUCUACCCCGCCAUUACUCACGAUGCCGAAAUUCAGUGCGAGCUGUUGUCGACCGAAAUAUCUACUUGCCAGGAGCUCGAGCAGUCGUACGUAGCGUUGUCGUAUGUCUGGGGGGACCAAAGCGAUCCUCAGCUAGUAUAUGUCAAUAAUCACGAGGUCUAUAUCGGAAGAAACCUUUCCGAAGCACUCCGUCAUCUUCGUCGUCGAGUUUAUCCGAUACGACUCUGGGCAGACGCGCUGUGUAUCAACCAGAACGAUGUUGCGGAGCGAAAUCACCAAGUUCAUCAAAUGCGCAACAUCUAUUCUUCCGCUCUAGAGACAGUCAUUUACCUCGGAGAAGACGAUGGAAGCAAUACCACAUCCUCAGCUUGGAACUUUCUCGAAAGACAAAGCGAGUGGGCACUGAACGAAGACGGCAACGAAGACACCCAGCUGCCGUCGACUCUCGAGGAAGAUCUUAUUUACUUCAGAGGAGAUGUAGCUGAUGUUGAGCUCAGCGUCCUGAAUAAAGCUUGGUUCUUGCGCGUUUGGGUUCUCCAGGAAGUUGUUGUAUCGAAGAAAGUAUCAAUACAGUGUGGUCAUCGACGAGUUCCAUGGAAUGACUUCUGCAAGACCCUCUUGCUGAACCCAAGAUACCACGAUCGCUAUGGAUAUAGCAUGCAAGCCAUAGAAAGAGUCGAUAUUGUCCGCGACAUGUUUCAAGCCCGCUGCGCCUACCAAGAGUCGCAUGGUUUGGCCCACCUCCGACCUCCCUGGCACGCCAACGUCACCAACUAUGGUGGUAGAAGCGCACACAUCAUCGAUAUGCUUGUCAGAGCUCGUCAGCUUGAAGCAUCAGAUCCCCGGGACAAAAUAUUUGCCCUCUUAGGGAUUUCAACGAAUGUGGAUCUUGACAAUAGACUGAUGGCUGUUGAUUACAGCAAAUCUCAAGCCGAGGUACAGACUAAUUUGGCUCGCUACAUCAUGGAAGAACAUAAGAGUCUAGACAUACUGAGCUACGUCGAUCAUUCGAUCACCGGUUUGUCUUCUUUACGUAGAGUUGUUCAAGCUGAUGCGCUGCCUUCGUGGGUUCCUGACUGGGACGCAAGCCAGGUCGCUCGAGAGCAGCGGCUGAUGGCCAUGCAUGCCGCCGCUGAACUCAACGAGGGCUCGCUCCCUCUGGACCCCGCUAGCCCCAUCGUUCCAACAACUCUGAGUUACCUGAGUGAAGAGAAAGAUGAGGAACGUGAAAGAAGACAAGAUAUAGCCUCCAAGAGCAUGGCGUGGCUCGACGACAAUAAGGUUCUUUUGACGAUUGGUUCAGUGAUUGGCACCAUAGCGCACGUCGGACCUGACAUCACACUUCGGGGAGCCGACGAACUUUCAUUUCAAGCCAUCAGAAAUCAAUGCGACGACCCCACAGAGUUGCGUCGGAAAAUCAUGGCGAGAUGGGCUCGACUUCUUCUUCAGAAACACAGAAGGAAAUAUGUGGGGACCCACAAUGAUUCAAGACUACAUUCUGGCCCACCGGAACGUAUGGAAAACGUCCUUCGAUCAUUAGGGGACACUUUAGACGUGGGAUCUCACACAAUCGAAAGUCACUUGUUCUCCAGAGGGCGACAGACAGCUGCCUGGUCCGGAGAAGGUGAGCAGGUCAUCAACAGGGUCACUGACAGGACAAGCAUGCUUGAAAACAAGUCUAUCGGUGCCUACAAUAGAACUGCCGGUUCUCCUUCAGAGCUUCACAAAGUUGUGUUGCCACCCGGGGCGAGAAAGAAUGAUCUCAUGGUUUUGUUACGUGGGGCGCGAGUACCAUUUGUCAUUCGGCCGAUAACUGACAGGCAUGUCGCGAUGGACGUGGGAGAGACUCAGCUUUCACAGUUACUCCGCUCCGGCUUCGACUUAUUGUGUCUCGGGAACGUAGCCUUUCUCGGUCACUGCAAGCUCGUUGGGGAAUGCUUGAUCAAUGAAUACGAGGACAGCUUCUGUCAAACGGGCAGGGAAUAG